AGUGAGAGUCUCAUCAAAGCUGUCGCGUAUUUUAUUGGUAACUCCGGCCACGUUUGGACAUACCUGGACCGCAGCCAGUACGCAGCCACCGGAGCCGGGCCAACAAGAGCACAGUAGCAGACCCGCUGGACUAGAGAAAGGGGAUCGGAUAGUACCGUACCGGGCGAGAUGGUCAGUUGUGAGCUGCUCCGGCCACUAGUGAGCAGCCUGCCAUGGUUGCUGGUCGCGCUGCUGCCACUGACAGACGCACAGUUCCAGUGUCCGAAGAGCCGGGGACAGUUCGAGGAUGCGGUCCAGUGCGACAAGUACUACGUGUGCGAUGAAGGCGAGGCCACGGAGAAGCUCUGCCCGGACGGGCUAGUGUUCGAUCCGACGACCAAGCUGAUCAACAAGUGCGACCAACCAUUCAACGUGGACUGUGGCGAGCGUUUCGAGUUGCAGCCGGCCCAGAGUACGAGUGAGACCUGUCCGCGCAAGAACGGGUUCUUCGCCCAUCCGGACCCGGCGAUCUGCAACGUGUUCUACAGCUGCAUCAACGGUGAAGAGCUGGAGAUGAGCUGCACCGCUGGGUUGCACUUCGACGAGAAAUCGGGCACCUGCGUCUGGCCGGACGUGGCCGGGCGGGAGGGUUGCGGUAGCAACGCCAACAAGAAACUGAACGACGGGUUCCAGUGUCCGAAGGAAACGCGCUACGACAAGAACGGUCAGGUCAUCACGCACCCCAACUACCCGCACCCGACCGACUGCAGCCGGUUCUACUACUGCCUGAGCGGUGUCGAGCCUCGCCUCGGCCAGUGUGACGCAAAGCUCGUCUACAACGAGGACCUGCAGCGGUGCGAUCAGCCGGACAAUGUUCCAGAAUGCAAAGACUGGUACAAGGAGGAGGACAGCGCGAACAACCACUAGCCGGCGGCCGGCGGCCGGCGUUGCCCGUAGCUCCGCAUCCCCGAUCUUGCGAGACCCUCCACGAAAACAGCAACAACAGUAGUAGCAGUACGUGACCGGUGCAUGCUGGGCCAUUACUCAUCGGCCAUCCACGGCGGCACGUCUAGGAGUCGUCGGCUGGCCGUAAAUUAUGAUUCCGUAAGCCGCCAGUGGCGACUAUUAUGGCUGGCCGGAUGCCAUGGCUCUAUUGUUUCCACCAUCACCACCCAUCAACCCGGCUUGGCUAUAUGCCUGCCCUGCAGACCCGCCAUCAAACCCGUCAGCUCACUGACAACACUUGGAAACCGGAUUGGUACCGCAUCAAACUCUUCGGGCGUGUCCAGCCACCGUUCCGUUCCAGGUAUUUGGGGCCAAAUUAUAUAUUUUCGAAAGACCAAGAAAAAAGACCACUAAAGUCGGAAUGUGCGUGGAGAGGCGCACCACAGUCACGGCGGGGCACACGGGGCGCAAAUAAAAACAAAAC